AGGAGAGGCUCUUGGCUGCCAGAUUCAGCUAGAAAGGAACCAGUCCCAGUCCAGUCACAACUUGGGAGUGGGGAGCAGGUGGCAGCCAGGACUCCUGGAGACCUGCCAUCCUUUGGGACCUGGGACAGAGGGAGUCAGGACACAGCGAGUCAGGACGCAGCCCAGGCAGGAGCAGGACGGGAGACUGGAGGAGAGAACCUGGACUGAGAGGGGAAAGGGGGAGGAAGAGGAAGAGAGGCAGGAUCAGAGAGCCUGGCACACAGAGGAGCCGGGCGAGGAAGGAGAGAGUUGGGAAAGAAACCCAAGAGAAGGAGAGAGAGGUGGGGGGAGAGGGAGAGAGAGUGAGAGAGACCAAGAACGGGACUGACUACGAAGCAGAGGCUGAUGGCUGAGGAAACGAAAAGGGAGGUUCUGGGACUGAAACCAAAAGGUGACCUUAUCAGGGAAGCAGAGGAGAGGCCACUCCAGCGAAACCCAGCUCCAGCUCUGGCCCUGGCUCCAGCAGGGCUCAUGAAGGGAGACAAGUGCGAGGAGCCGGGGCCAGACCCCAAGCCCGCGGCAGCCCCCCAGCAGCCCACGGAGGAGGAGGAGGCCCUGAUCGAGUUCCACCGCUCCUACCGAGACCUGUUCCAGUUCUUCUGCAACAAUACCACCAUCCACGGCGCCAUCCGCCUGGUGUGCUCCCAGCACAACCGCAUGAAGACGGCCUUCUGGGCCGUGCUCUGGCUCUGCACCUUCGGCAUGAUGUACUGGCAGUUCGCCCUGCUGUUCGAAGAGUACUUUAGCUACCCUGUCAGCCUCAACAUCAACCUCAACUCCGACAAGCUUGUCUUCCCCGCUGUUACCGUCUGCACCCUCAAUCCCUACAGGUACACGCAAAUGAAAGGAGAUCUGGAGGAGCUGGACCGCAUCACGGAGCAGACGCUCUCCGACUUGUACAAAUACAACUCCUUCAACACCCUCGGGAGCCACCCCCGCGGCCGCCGCUUCUGCUCCCCUCUGCCUUCUGUUCUGGUCUACUCCUGGUUCCCCACUCCUGUCGGUUUCCAGUGUAACCAGAACAAAUCCGACUGCUUCUACCAGACAUACUCAUCAGGGGUGGAUGCGGUGAGGGAGUGGUACCGCUUCCACUACAUCAACAUUCUGUCGAGAUUGCCAGACUCCUUCACAUCCCUGGAGGAGGACAAGCUGGGCAACUUCAUCUUCAGCUGUCGCUUCAACCAGGUCUCCUGCAGCCAGGCGAAUUACUCUCACUUCCACCACCCGAUAUAUGGAAACUGCUACACUUUCAAUGGCGAGAACAACUCAAACCUCUGGAUGUCUUCUAUGCCUGGGGUCAACAAUGGUCUGUCCCUGACACUGCGCACAGAGCAGAAUGACUUCAUCCCGCUGCUGUCCACAGUGACUGGGGCCAGGGUAACGGUGCACGGGCAGGAUGAGCCUGCCUUUAUGGAUGAUGGUGGCUUUAACUUGCGGCCUGGUGUGGAGACCUCCAUCAGCAUGAGGAAGGAAACCCUGGACAGACUUGGGGGCAAUUAUGGAGACUGUACCUAUAAUGGCAGUGACGUCCCUGUCAAGAACCUUUACCAUUCCAAGUACACACAGCAGGUGUGUAUUCACUCUUGCUUCCAGGAGAGCAUGGUCAAGGAGUGUGGCUGUGCCUACAUCUUCUACCCACGGCCCGAGCAUGUGGAGUACUGUGACUACAAGAAGCAUGAUUCCUGGGGCUACUGCUACUAUAAGCUCCAGGGUGCCUUCUCCUCAGAUCGCCUGGGCUGUUUCACCAAGUGCCUGAAGCCAUGCAGUGUGACCAGUUACAAGCUCUCUGCAGGUUACUCGCGAUGGCCUUCAGUGACAUCCCAGGACUGGGUCUUCCGGAUGUUAUCCCUACAGAAUAAUUACACCAUCAAAAACAAGAGAAACGGAGUUGCCAAACUCAAUGUCUUCUUCAAGGAGCUGAACUACAAAACCAAUUCUGAGUCUCCCUCCGUCACGAUGGUCACCCUCCUGUCCAACCUGGGCAGCCAGUGGAGCCUGUGGUUCGGCUCCUCGGUGCUGUCUGUGGUGGAGAUGGCGGAGCUCAUCUUUGACCUCAUGGUCAUUACAUUUCUCAUGCUGCUCCGGAGGUUCAGAAGCCGAUACUGGUCUCCAGGCCGAGGGGGCAGAGGUGCCCAGGAAGUGGCCUCCACUCCAGCUUCCUCCCUCCCUUCCAGCGUUUGCCCCAAGCUCCCCUCCCUGGCAUCAUCCCUGCCAAGCCCUGAUACUUCCCCAACCUUGACGGCCCCUCCACCAGCCUAUGCCACCCUGGGCCCCUGCCCAGCUCCAUCCAGCUUGGCAGGGGCCAGCUCCUCUGUUUUCACUCUGGAGGAGCCCUGAGAGGAAACCUGAGAGGAAAGGAGGGUGUCAGCCCCUGAGGCAAGCAGCUUCCCUUGGUGGGUGGGGACAAACCUUGGCAGGAUUAAAGAAUGUUUUGGGCUUGUUCUCAGCUGCCCCAACUGCUUUUAGUGUGGAGGAGGAAAGCAGGGUGAAUAAGGAGCUACAGAAAUUGCUUGGAAAACAGGGGCCACGGAAGCUGCCCAGAAUUGCCCUUGGCUUCUGCCCAGUACCCCCUGGUCCUGCCUCUAGAACCCUCUGGCUUCCUCAUCCAAGUGGAGAAAAAUCUCCUUUUCCCUCGGAUCAGCCAAGUCAGACUUGGAGCUUUGACAAGGAACUUUGCUAGGAAACAAAUGAAGACCAGAACAAAACACACAAGGGCAAACAAAGGCAUGCCCAGGUCUCCUACCCAAGGAUGACUGAAGCCAGCUCUGACUGGCCUGGCCACACUGCUUUCCAGCGACACAGACGUUUGCUCCUCUUCUUGAAGUUGGGUGGGGAACUUUACCCAAAAGCCCCCUGAGUUAUUUCUUGGGCAAGUCCCCUUCCAUGACUCCCCAGAGUAGGGGCUGGAGCAGACCAGUGCAGUGAAGGUUUGGCGUUUCCAGUUGGACCCAGGACUCUUCCAGCCUCAUCUAUACCCCUACCAACACCCCGCGCCCCCGCCCACCCCCCACAGCCCAUCCUAGCACUCUGCCUGUAUCCUUCACACCUCUGCAAGUCAUCUCAAACUAUUUCCUAAACCUGGAAGCUUUCCCCACCAUUGGCUGGAGAACUCCUAUGCAUCCCUUAGAACCCUACACAGACACAACUACUUCUAUGAAGGCUUCUGCCCCAUCUUGUCUUCCCCAGAAUUGAUCACUCCCCUCUUCCCUGGACUCCCAUAGUGCACCAUAACAUUGGUUGGAAUGCUGAUUUUGCGUUUUACUUUCCUGUUCAUUUGUGUCUGCCUCCCCAACUAGAUUGUGAGCUCCUUGUGAUCAGGGACUGUUGUUCAUUUAUGUAACUUCAGGGUCUACCCCAGUGUCCGACUUGGAGCAAGUAGGCAGGCACUCAAUAAAUAUUUGUUGCAUAA